AUGGCCUUACAAUACGAUGGAAAGCCGUCCGGCACGGCUGCUCCAGCGGCACGAACGAAUACCGACUUUGAUGAUGAGAAGGACUGGAACUUGAAGAUGGAUGACUUCGAGGUUAACACACGCGAACUAGAUGCAAGAUACCCAGCUUCUGUGAAAGAUGCUAAGCAUCUUGAUCCCGUUUCUGAUCUUAGGCAACGUUUGUCCAUGUGGGAUCCAAAUUAUCCGGAGGAAAAGAGAGAGUUAGCGAUCUUAGAUAGCGCUUCUGUCGACGAUGAGUCUUUCGCUGCCAAAGAAGAGGAGGACUCUCCCUACCCUGAGGUUCGAGCUGCCGUGCACAACUACGACGAAGACGUUCCUUGUAAUACGAUUCGUGCUUGGACUCUCGGAUUGACCUUGGUUUUUGUCGGAGCAAGCAUGAAUACCUUGUUUUCCCUACGUGCCCCGUCCAUCGGGCUAGGUGCUUUGGUCGCACAAAUCAUUGCCUGGCCAUUAGGACAUGGGUGGGCCAAGGUCAUGCCAAGUCGUCAAUUUACUACUUUUGGUUUGAAGUGGUCCCUGAACCCUGGCCCUUUCAAUAUCAAGGAGCAUUCCAUUAUUGUCGUUAUGGCAAGCGUCUCGUUCAGUGCCGCCUACGCCACUGAUAUAAUUCUUGCACAGGUUGCAUUCUACAAGCAAGACUUUGGUAUAAUCUUUCAGCUGAUGUUAACAAUUUCGACGCAGUCAAUUGGAUACGGAAUUGCGGGAGUUCUGCGAAGGUACUUGGUUUACCCUGCAGCAAUGAUCUGGCCGGGAAAUCUUGUUAGUGUCACAUUGAUGAACGCCAUGUACGAAAAAGCUGCUCCGAAAGACCAUUCCAUCAUUGGCGGUAAUAUGCCAAGAUACCGUUGGUUCGGGCUAAUUUGUUUGGGAGCCUUCGUUUACUAUUUCAUUCCAGGCUUUCUAAUGCAGUUUUUGAGUGUAUUUGCCUUCGCAACCUGGAUUGCACCAAACAACGUUAUUAUCAACCAACUAUUUGGUGGCACAACGGGACUCUCGAUUUUACCUAUUACAUUUGACUGGACUCAGAUAUCCGGGUUUGUCGGAUCGCCGCUCAUCCCUCCUUGGUUCGCAAUUGCCAAUACUCUCAUCGGUGUUGUGACAUUUUAUAUAUUUGGCUCCUCGAUACUGCAUUACUCGGGAACGUGGUCUGCAAGGUACUUGCCAAUGACUGACAGUACGACGUAUGAUAAUACAGGAGCGUCGUAUAACGUGUCGAGGAUAUUGACUCCAAAAUUCACACUCGAUUUAGAAGCAUACACAGCAUACUCGCCACUAUUCCUCUCAACCACGUUUGCUAUGUCCUAUGGACUGUCCUUUGCCGCCAUCGCUUCCUUGAUUGUAUACACCUACGUAAAUCACGGGAAGCAGAUCUGGGGACAGUUUCGCAACAGUACCAAGGAAGAAGCAGACAUCCAUAUGAAGCUUAUGAGCAAAUAUAAGGAGGCACCAACCUGGUGGUACCUCACUCUCUUUGUUCUAAUGGUCGCCCUCAGUCUGGCCACAGUCCUCGCAUUCCCAAUAAAUUUGACGUGGUGGUCAUUUUUCUUGGCCCUGUCCAUCUCAUUCGUCUUUUCACUUCCAAUCGGAAUCAUUCAAGCAAUCACCAAUACCCAGAUCGGUCUCAAUGUACUCACAGAGUUUGUGUAUGGAUAUAUUCAACCUGGACGGCCAUUGGCACUCAUGAUAUUCAAGACCUAUGGCUACAUCACCAUGUCUCAGGCCCUGAGUUUCGUCUCUGAUCUCAAAUUUGGUCAUUACAUGAAGAUCCCACCACGCACAAUGUUUAUGGCGCAGGUUGUUGCUACCACCUUGUCUUGUUUCAUCCAGAUCGCUGUUCUCAACUUCGCCCUUACAAAUAUCAAAGACGUCUGUACUCCGCACCAACCUCAACACUUCACGUGUCCAGGCGGAAGGGUGUUCUUUUCAGCUUCUGUAAUCUGGGGCUUGAUCGGACCUGCUCGAAUCUUUUCUCCCGGUCAAAUAUAUUCGGGACUCUUCUGGUUUUUCGGCAUCGGCGCUGUCCUGCCAGUUAUAUUCUGGGCUGGUGCCAAGAAGUGGCCCAGGUCGCCUAUGAAAUACUUAAUGGCACCCCUUGUCCUCGGAGGCGCAGGUUCCAUACCACCAGCCACGCCCCUUAAUUACCUCUCCUGGGGCAUCGUUGGGUUCAUUUUCCAGAAGCUCAUUCGACAGAGAUUCUUUGGAUGGUGGUCAAGGCUCAACUACCUGACAAGUGCUGGGCUAGAUUUGGGACUCGCUCUAAGCACACUAUUCAUCUUCUUUGCAUUCACAAUGAAUAAUGUGGAAGCACCUGUAUGGUGGGGAAACACGAUAACCACCACAACAAUGGAUGCCAUGAAUACAGCGGUACAAGCUGCCGUUACUCCUGGAGAACAUUUUGGACCAAACAAGUGGUGA